AGAGAUAGAUCUUUUAAAAAUAGAAAAUGAGCAUUUUAAAAAAGACAUUUACGAAUUAGAAGAAAUGAAGCAAAAUUAUAUUGCAAUACAAGAAAAACUAGAGAUAUUUAAGAACCCUGAUAUUUCUCUAUUGAAGCUA